AUGAACGACGCGCCGCCGGUUCUCUCCUACGAGGGCGGCAUCGCCGGCUUCGACGCGACCGCGCCGCCGCCAAUCGCGGAGGCCACGCAGGCACUCGCCAAGUCGCUGAUGGGCGCCGCGAGCGGGAUGAUGAGCGGAUUGUCGCGCAACGGGCUGCUGAGAAAGCUGCGAAACCGCGUGCGAUUCAACGCGCGGUCGCCGCUGGUGAAGAAUUUCGUGAGCUUUCUCAAGAAGCGACACAAGCGCGCCGUGCAAAAGGCGGAUAUCAGCUCAUCGCAGAUCGUGCACAGCUACACGUACGUCACCAACUCGUUCACCGCGCGCCUAUCGCCGUCCGAGGUCGAGCGCCUCCAGAGCGAUCCGACGGUGGAGGACAUUCGGCGGCCCGGCUUAGUGACGGGGUUCACGAGCAGCGCCAUGGAUUUCCUCAACAUGCCAGGUGGCACGUGGCCAUUCCUCGGCGGCCCGGAGCACGCGGGCGAGGGAAUCGUGAUCGGCGUCAUUGACACGGGCAUCUGGCCGGAGCAUCCCUCGUUUGCUGACGAUCCCGUGAAUCCUUACGGAGCGCCACCAAAGACGUGGAAGGGCGGGUGCAACGCGACGGACGACUUCCCGCCGUGCAAUUCGAAGCUCAUCGGCGCGCAGUGGUAUGUCGACGGGCUGCUGAACGAACAAGAUCCAGAAGACGUGAAUUCGCAAAUCGAUUGGAUGAACGAGUUCCAGUCGCCUCGCGACGCUACUGGCCACGGCACCUGGUGUGCGGGAGCCGCAGCGGGCAACAGGAACGUCCCCAUCAUGCGUGGCAGCCAGUCAUUGGGCAACGCGACGGGUGCGGCGCCUCGUGCACACCUGGCGAUGUACAAGGCGCUCUGGAACACCCCCAACGGCGCGCUUGGCUCGUGGGCCGACGUGCUCGCAGCCGUUGAUCGCGCCGUGGCGGACGGUGUGGAUAUCCUGAGCCUCUCAAUUGGCGCACUUCCUGAGUCUUACUUUGAUGAAGUACCGCUGCUCAAUGCUGCCAGGGCGGGUGUGUUUGUGGUGCAAGCAGCGGGCAACAACGGCAAGCCGCUGCCCUACGCGCUCACGCCCGCCCUCAUCUCCGUCUCGCCCUUCGCCCUCACCGUCGGCGCCAGCACUAUCAGCCGAACGUUCCCGCCCCUGGCCCGCCUCACCUUCGAGAAGAAGAGCCUGUAUGUGGACGGCGGGACGUGGCGGGGCGGCGACGACAGCACGAAGAACAAGGAGAUUGUGCUGGGCGUGGACGUCAAGAGGCCCGGGGCGGCCAACAGCGAAGCGGAGCAAUGCAUCUCGGGAUCACUGGCAGGGUGGCUGGUGCAGGGCAGGAUGGUGCUCUGCGUGUCCGGAGGCAACACAGCCGACGAUAAGGCGUCCGUCGUGGCGGCUUCAGGCGGAGCGGCCAUGCUGCUCGCGCCAUCGUCCCCGUCGGCAACUCCCGAGACCAUCAACUUUGACUUCCCAGCCAUCUCCAUGACCUACACAGACGCCUUCAGCUUACGCCAGCUCAUCAAGGCCAACGCCCCUGCCACAACCGUCGGCUCGCUCUCCCCGCUCUUCUGGGACACCAGCGACGAGGCCCCCAAGGUGGCAACCAUUUCCUCCUCGGGCCCGCUCGUCAACCCGCUGCAGCCCGCCGGCCUCUCCAACUUCACCAACGACAUUCUCAAGCCCGACAUCGUCGCUCCCGGCGUCAUGCUUUUCGCCGCCGCGCCGUCGCCCCAAGGCGAGGUGUCGUUCGGCAUUCUCACCGGAACCUCCAUGGCUACUCCGAUUGUCGCUGGUGUUGCUGCGCUUGUUAUGCAGAAGAACCCGACUCUGAGUCCCGCGGCGGUUAAAUCUGCCAUCAUGACAUCGGCUUCGCAACAGAAUAAUGUCGGGAGCCCCAUUCAGAACCAGGACAGGAUUGAAGGCCAGGACAGGAAUGAUGCCACGCCGUUUAAUCUCGGUUCUGGGCAGAUAAACCCGUCUGCAGCUAUCGACCCGGGGCUGAUUUUCGACAUCACCUAUAACGAGUACAUUGCAUUCUUAUACGGGGUCAACAGUAAGGAGGCACGCGCGCAGAGCCUGAGCGUCUUAUCCACAAAACCCGCCCCAAAGCCCAAGGGCGCCACCUCUGCAUCGGCAGUCAAAAUUCAGGCGCCACUGCCAAUCCCUGCGUACCAGCUCAACCUCCCGAACAUUGUCGUUUCACGGCUAAAGAAAACGGUCACUGUAGUUCGGCGCGUGGUGAACGUGAGCGGGAAGCGCAGCAAGUACACUCUCACCCUUGAGCCUCCAGCGAAUGUGAAAGUUGUGCUUUUGCACCCCGUGCGCCGCCUUACUUACCGCACGCCCACUUACACUGCCCUGCACUGCGGCGCUAUGGCCUCCCUCAGCGUCCUUGAGUUUGAUCCUGACGGCCGCCCUAUUAAGUUCGAAACCUGGCUGCAGGACCUACAGCUGUUCCUCCUGAGCGACUCUAAGGACGAUGUCUCCCUGUUUGACCUCACGUCUGGAGCUCGUCCUGCCCCUGCCGCCUCUGCCGAUACUCUAGGUCGCCUCAUCCUCCCCUACCUCUUUCCCGAGCUGUCCUCUUUCGACAUUGUAGACGACCUCAUCACCCACCUCCGCACUAUGGACGCUUGCUACCGUACAGCCCUCCCAGCCGAGUUUGUCCCCAAGAAUGAGCCCCCGAUCUACAUCACUCUCUACUUUAUAGUCACUCGCCUCCCCGACUCUCUUAGCGCAGUCUGGGACACCCUUCUCGCCCUUCGCCCCACAGACCUCUCUAUCGACCUGCUCUCGAAGCACCUCCUAGCAGCUGAGACCAACAUCGUCGCUGUAGGUGCUGCUCAUGGCACUCCCCGCACGCCCUUCUUUGAGGGGUGCUCCCCCUCCCCCCUUGCCCCCUCUAUCGCUUCUGCUGCUCCUGUCGACUUCCUUGGUGCUGAGGGAUUCGGUGCUGCUUCUGCUCCUAGUGGGAGGCGUCGCAGCGGCAAGGGCAAGGGAGGCAAGGGUGGUGGGGGUGGCGGCGAUGGAGGCGGUAAUGGUGGAGGCGGUGGAGGCGGUGGAGGUGGCGGAGGUGGUAGUGGGAGUGGUGGCGGGAGUGGGGGAGUCGGUGGCGGCAGCGGCGGGGGUGGCGGUGGCAGUGGUCGUGGUGACAAUGGACGUAGUGGGGGCAUUGGUGGUGGUGGUGGCGGGAGUGGUGGUGGCAGCAGCAGUGGUGGGCGGUCUGGAGGUGGUCAGUGGCAGUAG